AUGAGUUGGUGGAAGAACAAUUUCUGGAUCAUCUUAGCUGUGGCCAUCAUCACUGUAUCCUUGGUUCUUGGCCUCAUUCUGUUCUGUGUCUGCCGGUGGCAGCUUAGACAAGGUAAGAAAUGGAAAAUUGACAAGCCCUUGAAACAAAACCAAGGAAAUGCAGAAAAGACUUAUGAGAAUGUUCUCAAUCAAUUACCAGGUCUGCUACCCUCUCUGCCACCUAGGGGCUCGCUCUCUCCAGGAGGUUCAUCCCCACAGGAAAGCCCGAGUCAGUCACCAGCUCCAUAUUCAUCAGUAAAUAAGGUUAGAAAUAAGAAGACCUUUCCUAUCCUGGGCCACACUGAGCCUGAAAAUGACUAUGAUGAUGUUGAAAUCCCUGCAAAUACUGAAAACCAGCAUUUGAAAACAACCACUUCUUUUUUGCAAGCUGAAGAGGGUACAUACAGUUUAUUUUAA